AUGCCGGUAGAUCCGCUGUGCUCUGCUGGACUAGUGUGGGCUUGCUACGAAAGCAAGUGUGGCAAUCGUGAACCAACGAAAGCCUAUGUAGCGGUCUUCGUCUGUUUUGCGACAAGGGCCGUACACAUCGAGCUUGUGAGCGACCUUACCACAGCUGCGUUUCUGGCAGCGCUUCGUCGUGUCGUCGCCCGCAGAGGAAGAAUCGCCGAGCUGCACUCGGACAAUGCGACUACGUUCAAGGGUGCGUCUCACGCACUCAACCGCGUCUACCAGAUGCUGAAGGUGGAAAAUGCCGACCGAGACAGGAUCUUCAGUUGGUGCUCCGAGAAUGAGAUUCGGUGGAAAUUCAUCCCGCCAAGAGCGCCACACUUCGGAGGCCUGUGGGAGGCCGCCGUCAAGUCAGCGAAGAAGCACCUGCUAAAGACUGUCGGCAACAGCAGCAUCGCCUACGAACCGAUGGUAACUCUCUUGGCCCAGGUCGAGAUGUGCCUGAACUCCCGUCCGCUGACGCCGAUGCCGAGUGAGCCGUUUCCACUCUGGGUCUUGUGUGGGAACCGAGAACCGACACAUUACGGUUCAAGGUCCAACUGCCACCACCGGCUGCGGUACUGA